CGAGCCCGUUCUGCAGGCCGUUGCUUUCAACACGGAGCGCCGAGAUGAAGAAGAAAGCUCGGCAGCACCGGGUCUCGGUGCAGCAGAGGUCACCAUCUCCCAUCAAGCCUUCCCCCAACAAGCAGAUCCUGACGUAUGCCCAGGCGCAGCGCAUGGUGGAGUUCGAGCUGGAUGGCCACAUCCAUCGGCUCAGCAUCUACGACAAGCUGGACGUUAUCUCAGAUGACGACCCGUCGGUUCAGGAGAUGAUGGAGAGCAAAGGCAACAAGGAGAACGCAGAGAAGCCUCAGCAGCAGGUCCGGCAGAGGUCGGUCAGGUUAAAAAACAACCGGGAGAAGAGAAACGCGGCGCUGGGCAUCAGCAGUCAUGGUCAGGCAGGCGAGCAUCACGUCACCAGCCUUGCUGUCCCAAAGCUUCCAGAGCCUAAAUUUCGCAAUGUUGAAUACAACCUGCCAGCAGUUCCAAAGCGCCCAGCUGCCUUUUAUAAAUUCAUCGAAAUGACAGAGGAGGAGCUCGACGAGGAGACGGAGUAUGACAUGGACGAGGAAGACUACGCCUGGUUGGAUUUAGUCAACGACAAACGUAGGAGUGAGGGGAUGAGUCAGGUGUCUCACAACGUCUUUGAGUUCCUCAUCGACCGCUUUGAAAAAGAGUUAUAUCUGGAGAGUCUGGACCAGGCGAGUGAAAAUCAGGCUCCCAUCGACGAGAACGCCGUUUGCUGCAUCUGUACGAGCAAAGAGUUUCAUAAAAGCACCACGAUCCUGUUUUGUGACAUCUGCAGCGUGGCUGUGCACCAGGAAUGUUACGGCGUGCCCUACGCUCCUGAGGGCCAGUGGCUUUGUAGACACUGCCUCCAGUCGCCGACCCGGCUGCCAGACUGCGUCCUUUGUCCUAACAAGGGAGGAGCUGUGAAAAAGACAGACGACGAUCGGUGGGGCCACGUAGUGUGCGCCCUCUGGAUUCCAGAGGUCGGCUUCUCCAACCCUACCUUCAUCGAACCUAUCGACGGUGUCAGCCAGAUUCCUUCAGCCCGCUGGAAGCUCACCUGCUACAUCUGCAAGGAGAAAGGUGUUGGGGCGUGCAUCCAGUGCCACAAAGCCAACUGUUACACUGCGUUUCACGUCAGCUGUGCCCAAAAGGUCGGCCUCUUCAUGAAGAUGGAGCCGAUCAACGAGGUGACGGACACAGGAGAAUCCACCCUCUCUGUUAAAAAGACAGCCUACUGCGGAGCUCACACACCUAACGGGAGCGUGAGGAGGCCUUUUCCCAUCUAUGACGACCCCAAGCCAAUAAACGGACUUUGUAAGAGAGUGGCUAAAGGAAGAGGAGACGAUACAGGACAGCCGAAAGGGAAACGGAAAAAGAAAAGUAAAAUCAAAAAGCCUGAACCGGAGGAUGAAAGUGAAACUGCAGCUCCUGCUGCCGUUCCUACUAUUCCUGCUCACAGGUUACAAACCAUUCUGAAUCAGGUGUCCAUUCAGAAAAAGAGAGCGUUUGUGGAGCUGGUCCUAAAUUAUUGGACGUUAAAAAGGCUAUCAAGGAAUGGCGUGCCUCUCAUCAGACGCCUGCAGACAAGCCUGCAGGCACAGAAGAGCACACUGCCUAGGCAGAAAGAGGAGGGAAGCAGGACUUUAAAGGAGCAGCUGAAGGAGUGGCACCGCCUCCGACACGACCUGGAGAGAGCUCGACUUCUGCUGGAACUGAUUCGCAAGAGAGAGAAGCUAAAGAGGGAAGAGAUUAAACUGCAGGAGACCAUUCUGGAGAUGCAGUUGACACCGUUUAGUAUUUUGCUACGAGUUCUCCUGGACCAGCUGCAGGCUAAAGACCAGGCCCGGAUCUUCACCCAGCCGGUCGAUGUCAAUGAGGUGCCGGACUACCUCGACCACAUUAAGCACCCGAUGGACUUCUCCACCAUGCGGCAGCGUGUCGACGCCCAGGGCUACAACAACUUGGACCAGUUUGAGGCCGAUUUCAACCUCAUCGUUGAGAACUGCAUGAAAUACAACUUGAAGGACACGUACUUUUACCGUGCCGCCGUUCGCCUCAGGGACCAGGGGGGAGUUCUGCUGAGAAAAGCCCGACGGGACGCAGAGAAAAUCGGCUUCGACGCGGAGAGUGGCAUGCAUCUGCCCCAAGCUCCCGAAAUGAAAGCAGCAGCGUCGUUUUCUUGGGAAGACGUGGACCGUUUACUCAAACCGGCCAAUCGGGAGCAUCUUCCUCUGGACAAGCAGCUGCAGCAGCUCCUGGAGAGGUUCGACCUGACCUGUGCCAUGAAGUCCAGCCCCUCCCGCAGCAAACGCAUCAAGCUGCUCAAAAAGACGAUCAACGACGUGCGAAACGAAUUAAGCCUUAAGAAACCUCUUCCCUCGACCCGUCACUGUGCCACCUCGACGUCGACACCGGCUUCGUCUUCAUCGGAUCUCUCUGUGCCAGAGCUGGAAAAACCCAAAGAGGAGAGCCUCAAGCCCAAGAGGCAGUUCCCAGACGAUGAAGGAGACAAGUCUCUUCCUCCAAAACUGGAGCUGUCAGACGCUCUACCCCCCCUCAUCCGCUCAGACUCGGACUCGGAGCCCCCCACCCUCAAACCCAUCGACGCCGCCUUGGACUGCGAGACUCUCAGCAAGAGGUUGAAGCUGGACGAGGACAUCCCCGAGCUGGUCUCCUCCGCGCCGCGUCUCAACGGCCACGUCCUGCAGAGCGCCUUGUUGGACGGAGACGUGAGCGUGGUGUCCGCCCUCGCUGAGCCUGCGGCCGCCGCCAACCACCGUACCGCCGUCCUCUUCUGCAAAUCAAACAGCGCCGAGCCGCACAGGCCCCCCGGGAGCGGAGGCGACGAGGAGUCAGACGGGGCUGACGGGAAACCAGAGGGGGAGGAAGGAGAGGAGGAUGAAGACGGCGCUCAGCUGGGCUCCAAAUCCAUCCUGUCUGUGGUCCUCCCCCGACUCGAGACGCUGCUGCACAGCAAGAAGAGGAGGCGCAGUGACGGCAGAGAUGAGGAGGACGGGGGAGAGGCAGAGCAUGGGGAGGAGGGAGAGUCUCGUGUGAAACGACUCGACACCGGCCUGUCGAGAGGUUUCCUGGACCUGGGGGAGGAGAAGGAACUGGAGCGAACCAGCAGAAGCAGUCGACCUGUGGAACCACGGAGACGCUGCGCCUCCGAGUCCUCCAUAUCGUCAUGUAGCAGUUUACCGGGAAGCACCAGUACAAUUCUCAGUCUUCCAAAAUGUGGAAAGGGGAAGCCUGCUUUGGUCCGGAGGAACACUGUGGAUGAUAAGAGCGAGCUCAUCGCCUGCAUCGAAUCUGGAAACUUUGCAAAAGCCGCACGAAUCGCUGCAGAGGUUGGCAACAGCAAUAUUUGGAUGCCUGCUAGCGCUGCUACAGUUGUGUUGGAACCCCUAAAGCUAGUCUGGGCCAAAUGUAGCGGAUACCCUUCCUACCCUGCCCUGAUCAUAGACCCCCACAUGCCGCGUGUUGGCUGCCAGCACAACGGGGUGUCCAUCCCCACUCCCCCCAUGGACGUGCUCCGCAUUGGAGAGCAGAUGCAGUACAAGACCGGAGAGAAGCUCUUCCUCGUUCUCUUCUUCGACAACAAGCGCAGCUGGCAGUGGCUUCCUAGAUCCAAAAUGGUUCCGCUCGGGAUGGACAAGACCAUCGACAAGAUCAAAAUGAUGGAAGGACGCUCGUCCAGCAUCCGCAAGGCCGUCCAGAUCGCCUUCAGCCGCGCCAUGAACCACCUGAGCAUCGUGCAGGACGAGCCAGUCAGCGACCUCAGUGACGUGGACUGACCAUGGCUCAGAUCUGCACCCCCUCCUUGAACCAAAAAGCCCCCCCCCCCCCAUCAUCCCUCAUCAACUCGGUCUCUGCAGGAGACUGAAAUGUUUACCGGGCAUCUGCUGUAGCAGGUGCUCUCAGCAAUGAAUGUCUGUUUCUCUCUCUCCACCUCCAGGCUGGUAGCUGUGCAAAAUAAGAGUCCUAUUUUUAUUUGUUCACUCCACAAACAUUUCAAAUGAAGAGCGACCGCUUUCACGUCGGCAGCGUCGGCACGACAACGCUUCAAUAUAAGCUGUAAAUGACAAAUGUGUUGUUUUGAAUUAUUGCAUAUCCAUAUUUAAGUGAGCUCUUUUUGUACACAAAUCGCCUUUUUUUGUAUUUAAACUGUAAAUGAUGUGUACAGCUGCCUGACACUAACUUAUAUCAUGACAUACAGGGCCACUGUACAGGGUUUUUUAAUAUUUAUAUUCUUUUUGCCUCUACAGCACGAGUGCUGUAUGAUCAAAAAAAUAAAAAGAAUAAUUUG